GGAGGAGGAAGCGGCGGCGUCGCCGAGAGUGUUCGGCGUCCCCACGGCGCAGCCCACCUAGGCCUGCACCUGGAGCUCACGUCCACGCGACGCCCGUGCCCCUCAGUCGCCUUGCGACCUGUUGGCACCUGGGUGGUGUGUCCCGCAUUCUCCGAGCCGCGCCGCAGACCCUGCAGUGCCUGCGCCGCUAACCCGGCCACCCGUCAGGCUCGCCUGAGUCACCGCCAUGGCCGAGAGUGGCGAGAGCGGCGGCCCUCCGGGCCUUCAGGGCAGCGCGGGCGACGCGGCCGCGGCCACGGCCACGGCCGAGCCCAAGAUCAUGAAAGUCACGGUGAAAACCCCAAAGGAGAAGGAAGAGUUCGCCGUGCCCGAGAACAGCUCCGUCCAGCAGUUCAAAGAAGAAAUCUCUAAACGUUUCAAGUCUCAUACUGACCAACUUGUGUUGAUAUUUGCUGGGAAAAUUUUAAAGGAUCAAGAUACUUUGAGUCAGCAUGGAAUUCAUGAUGGACUUACGGUUCACCUUGUCAUCAAAACGCAAAACAGGCCUCAAGAUCAUUCAGCUCAGCCAACAAAUACCACUGGAAGCAGUGUUACCAAUUCAUCAGCUCCCAAUAGUAACCCCACUUCUGGUUCUGCUUCUAGCAGCCCUUUUGGUUUAGGUGGACUUGGAGGACUUGCAGGUCUGAGUAGCUUGGGUUUAAAUACUACCAACUUCUCUGAACUACAGAGCCAAAUGCAGCGACAACUUUUGUCCAACCCUGAAAUGAUGGUCCAGAUCAUGGAAAAUCCCUUCGUCCAGAGCAUGCUUUCUAAUCCUGACCUGAUGAGACAAUUAAUUAUGGCCAAUCCACAGAUGCAGCAGUUAAUACAAAGAAAUCCAGAAAUUAGUCAUAUGCUUAAUAAUCCAGACAUAAUGAGACAAACAUUGGAACUUGCCAGAAAUCCAGCAAUGAUGCAGGAAAUGAUGAGAAACCAGGACCGAGCCUUGAGCAACCUAGAAAGUAUUCCUGGGGGAUAUAAUGCUUUACGGCGCAUGUAUACAGAUAUUCAGGAACCUAUGCUGAGUGCUGCCCAAGAACAGUUUGGUGGUAAUCCAUUUGCUUCUUUAGUGAGCAGUACAUCCUCAGGUGAAGGGAGUCAACCUUCUCGUACAGAAAAUAGGGAUCCAUUACCCAAUCCAUGGGCUCCACAGACUUCCCAGAGUUCAACAGCUUCUAGUGGGACCACUAACACUGUGAGUGGUACUGCUGGUAGCACUGCCAGUACCACUGCUGGGCAGAGUACUGCUGGGCCAAAUUUGGUGCCUGGAGUAGGAGCUAGUAUGUUCAAUACACCAGGAAUGCAAAGCUUAUUGCAGCAAAUAACUGAAAAUCCACAGCUUAUGCAAAACAUGUUGUCUGCCCCAUACAUGAGAAGCAUGAUGCAGUCACUAAGCCAGAACCCUGACCUUGCUGCACAGAUGAUGCUGAAUAACCCCCUAUUUGCUGGAAAUCCUCAGCUUCAGGAACAAAUGAGACAACAGCUCCCAACUUUCCUCCAACAAAUGCAGAAUCCUGAUACACUAUCAGCAAUGUCAAAUCCUAGAGCAAUGCAGGCUUUGUUGCAGAUUCAGCAGGGUUUGCAAACAUUAGCUACAGAAGCUCCCGGCCUCAUCCCAGGGUUUACCCCUGGCUUGGGGGCAGCAGGAAACACUGGAGGCUCUUCAGGAACCAAUGGGUCUAGCACUGCGCCUAGUGAAAACACAAGUCCCACAAAUACUGAACCUGGACACCAACAGUUUAUUCAACAAAUGCUGCAGGCUCUUGCUGGAGUGAAUCCUCAGCUACAGAAUCCAGAAGUCAGAUUUCAGCAACAACUGGAACAGCUCAGUGCAAUGGGAUUUUUGAACCGUGAAGCAAACUUGCAAGCACUGAUAGCAACAGGAGGUGACAUCAAUGCAGCAAUUGAAAGGUUACUGGGCUCCCAACCAUCAUAGCAGCAUUUCUGUAACUUGAAAAAAAUGUAAUUUAUUUUUGAUAACGGCUCUUAAAUCUUUAAAAUAACCUGCUUUAUUUCAUUUGAAUUCUGUGCUAUUAUAAACAAAACAAAUAUGAAGCAUUUUAAGGUGAAGUACAGUAAGAUGUGUGGGAUUUUCUGUAUUUUUGUUUUGGAACAGCGGGAAUCAAAUGUUUUCAAUUUAAGGCUACUGCAUGCAUCAAAUACUUCUGCAUUUAUUGUAAUUUUUAAAAAAUAUAUCAGCUUUUCUAAUUGGGUGAACCAACUUUUGUCCUGCAUCUGUCCAACACCUGCUUUUUAAACAUAAGCCUAUGGUAGUAAUUUAUGUAGAAUAAAGGCAUUAAAAAGCAGAUCAUUUGCACUGUAUAAUUUGUGGUACAGUAUUGCUUAUUGUGACUUUGGCAUGUAUUUUUGCAAAUAAUGCUGUAAAAUUUAUACUACUGACAAUUUUUGCUUUAUUUGUAUACAAUACAAAGUAUGCACAUUUGGGAUUAUAGUUCUAGAAACUUACUGUGAUAGGUCAUCUGAGCAAAAUCCCUGUAACCAAAAAAGUAAAGUAAGAAAUUCCUAAUUGUGUAGAAUCUUACAGCAUCUUUGAUAAACAUCUCUCAGCAGAAGUGCCAUUUAGUCAGUUUUGUUGAAAAUAAAGAAAAACUGAUUCUGGUAUCUGUGUAGGGACAUUUAAAUGUACAGACAACAUAAUGUAACAAUAUCUCAACGUUUCCAUAAUGGCUGUAAGUAACCUUAAUUUUAUGCAAACUGAGGGAGCACUGUAAUAAUACUCCAAAAUGCUUUUGCCUAGGAUUUUUCACCUUUUCCCAUAGAUAGUUUAACCAAUAUUACAGUUUGUAAUUGAAAUAUUGCUUUCACUGAAAUGUUGAUGUUUGGUUUUUAAUUGCUAUAUAAAAGUAGAACUAUCUUUUGGGUUUAUCAGCAUUCUCAUUCAUAGUACCUGAAUUUAAAAUGAUUAUAGUGAGCUACUUGUUUCUGAAGUGUUUGGAUAGUUCUAUUAAGAAAUAGUUGAAUAUUGUGCUUUUCAGAACCUCAGAGAAAGGGAAUGCGAGUGGAGGAGGGACACAGAAUCUAUCCUGGUUUGAACCAGCCUCAACUAAAUAAUACUGGCAACCAAGAUUCUGCUGAGAUUUCUAUGCAUAAUAUCCUUGGGGUGAAAAAGAGCCGUUUUAACAAUUUUGAAUAUGUUUGGCUAUUCUGUAGCCUUUUUCUUCCCUCCCCAAAGAAGUUCUAUUUGCCUGACUCUCCAGCUAUUGGUGAUACAUUCCUUUAGGACCAACUAAAAUAUAACUUUAGGGGUCAGUAAUAUAUUUGGCUGACUCUGGUUCAGUAUUCUCCUAGGUUAUUAUAGUCUCUCAUGUAUAGUUAGAGAAUAAUUAUGUUAAAAUAACCUAAAAUGGAUUCGGACCAAUAAAAUCAAGGGAACUACAAGUUGAAUUCCAUUACUUCUGUAAGUUGCUUGCUAUUAAAAGGUCUAGAGACCAGGUUGCCCUCCAAUCCAUAUGCCAAUUUGACACUUUCCCCAGGAAGAAAAUAGGUACAAAGGUCCAGGCAGAGGUAUAACUGGGGGAGGUUGGUAGGACAGUGUUCAUGUGUCUCUCCUUGUUCUGCCUUAAAUGCCUCAGUCUUUCUGAUUUAAAGACUUUUGUACUGGUGAAUGGCAAUACACAAGUGGGGGCAGUGUCAUAACUAAUUUGAUUUAUUAAUCACCAAAUAACAAUAAAUCUCUAGCUUUUACA